AUGAUUUUCAUUGGAUCAAAACAUGUUUUGAUUCUUCCAUUCUUCAAAUGUAAACUGUUGCACCAUUGCAAAUCUCACGAUUACCUAUUGUUUUACAUUGCAGAGUUCAGGAGGGCAUUGUCCUGUGCAGUUGAUGUCACUCUGGAUCCAAAAUGCACACAUGCCAAACUCAUCAUCAAAGAGAAGAAUAAAGUCAAAUAUAACCAUUCCCCCUUAGAACAACUGAAAGAUCUCAAAGGACUUCUGAUUGCAGUGGCAAAUGAGGGGUUUAGUAAGGGGGAGAUGUACUGGGAGGUGGAGGUUGGAGACAAAUGUGAGUGGGAGCUGGGAGUAAUCUCUAUAACUGCAAGAAAAAGGCUAGAAGAGGAGAAGCUGGAAAAGCCACUGGAGGAGGGAUAUAUUGGUAUACGAUGGUUCCAGGGUAAGUUUCAUUGCACUGGAGGAAAUAGCCUAACUGAUGGCCAGAAUGAAGAAUGUGAAGCUGUAGGUGUUUUUCUGGAUAUGAAUGCGCAAGUGCUGUCAUUUUAUAAUGUCCAGAAGAUGUGCCCUAUUCGGUCAAUCCCUUAUGAAUUCUCUGAGGAAAUGUAUCCAUUCUUCAAUCCUGGGAGUGAUGAUAGGUUCUUGAAAGUCCGACCAAUAAGCAUCCCUAAAUGUUUAAUAUCCCUGUGAAAUAAAGUACUUCCCAUGUUUUCUACAUGUUACAGAGCCUUGCGUAAGGACUGGGUUACACCUGCUCCUUUGAUUUUGAUUUUUUUUUUACACCUAAUUACUCAUAGUUGAUCUAAAUUCUCCAUUAGGAAGACUAACCUUUGCAGUGUUCUGCCUGUGCUGCAAGUCAUCAUUGUUAGAUGUUGCUCCCAUCAGAUGAUAAUCAUAUGAACCAGCCUAAAGUGAUUGAUGGUGGGAACAUUAUCCUGGAAACAGAAACCAAAGGGCAGGUAUCUGUUGUGGGUGUUACUAGAUCUGGAUCAGAAGAAGACAGGUUCAUUCUAGAAGCAGAAAAAAUGAGACAACCUUCAUGCUCUUUCAGCUACAGAAAGAAUCACAGACAUUUGGACUAGCUUUUUUUGUAUUGAUUUUGACCCUAGAGAGCACAUGCCACAAGUUACUAAUGUGUCUUGUCUCUUCAGAUGUGCAACAAGUUUGGGGUUUUUCCAGAUUGUUGGAUUUUGUUUUGUUUUGCAGAAUAUGCAAAACAUCCCACAGCCUCAAAAGCACAUGAUACUAUAAACAUUUCUGAAAUGCCAAAUUUCAUGGAUAAAACUGUGAUCCUUUUC